GCAGCACUGCCAUAAUUUCUUCUGCGAUGGAGCCAUUGACCUUCAAGGAUGUGGCUGUGGUCUUCACUGAGGAGGAGCUGGGGUUGCUGGACCCCGCCCAGAGGGAGCUGUACCGAGACGUAAUGCUGGAGAACUUCCGGAACCUGCUCUCUCUGGGAGAGAAGAAUGAAAAGGAUACGGCGUAUAUUGAAGACAGAGAGCUAAAAUGCCUUUCCUACAGAGGGCUCUCCUGCUGGAAAAUUGGAGAACAGGUGGCUGGUGAAUUAACUGGGAGUCAAGACCGGAGAGUGGAUCUUCAAGGGAAUCUUCAAGGGAAAGAGUUCCAGUUCUCAGAAGACACUUCUCCCUGCCAUGGGUGGGAAGGAGCAUCUCCUUGGGGUUCACAAAUUGACAAUUUGGCAGGCAGUCUUCAAGGACCCAUCAGUUCAGAAAAUCAAGAGUUUCCAGCCUGGAAAGCUGUAAGACCGGUAUCCGUUAGAGAAUCUUGGAUGAAAGCCUUUGCGAACGAGACGUGGAAUAUUCGAGAAAGGUGUAAAAGACUCCACACGCAAGGCACAGUGUAUAAACCUGAGUGGGACGGUUUCGGCUUCAGCUGGACGUCACGUUGUCUCAAUGACCACAGAUUACCGGAAAGAGAGAGACCAUGUAAUUGUGUCCAGGGUGGGAAAGACCGUGUUAAAAAGUCAACACUCCGUCACCCCGACCCGGAAGAGGAUUCCUUGAACGGAAACGAACGUGGCAAUGGCUUCCGGGAAGCCUCGCACCUUCCCACUCACCCAAGGGUGCCCUGGAAAGAGAAGCCCCAUAAAUAUCCCGAGUUUGGUAAGGGCCUGAGGCAGACCGCCCACCUCGAGAGACCUCAGAGGACCCCCAAGGACGAGAAACCCUCCAGGAGUGACGAGCGCGCCAGGGGCAUCCGGCAGAAGGCGCGCAGCCCCAGCCGGCCCCGGGCCCCGGCGGGGGAGAUGCCCUUCAGAUGCGACGUGUGCGGGAAGGGCUUCCGCUAUCAGUCGAUCCUCCUCAUCCAUCAGGGCGUGCACACCGGGAGGAAGCCCUACGCGUGUGAGGAGUGUGGGAAGGCCUUUGGUCGCAGCUCGAACCUGCUGGUGCACCAGAGGGUGCACACCGGAGAGAAGCCCUAUAAGUGCGGCGACUGCGGGAAGGGCUUCAGCUACAGCUCGGUGCUGCAGGUGCACCAGCGGCUGCACACGGGCGAGAAGCCCUACACGUGCGGCGAGUGCGGCAAAGGCUUCUACGCCAAGUCCGCGCUGCACAAGCACCAGCACGUGCACCCGGGCGGGAAGCCCUUCAGCUGCGCCGAGUGCGGGAAGGGCUUCUCGUGCAGCUCUCACCUGAGCAGCCACCAGAAGUCGCACGCGGGGCAGAAGCCGUACCAGUGCGACCAGUGCGACAAGGGUUUCAGCUACAACUCGUACCUGCAAGCGCACCAGCGAGUGCACACGGGGCAGCGCCUCUUUGACUGCGACGUGUGCGGCAAGAGUUUCAGCUACAGCUCGGGGCUCCUGCGGCACCAGCGGCUGCACACGGGCGAGAAGCCCUACAAGUGCGAGGGCGGCAAGGGCUUCGGCCGGAGCUCGGACCUCCACGUCCACCAGAGGGUCCACACCGGAGAGAAGCCCUACAAGUGCGUCGAGUGCGGGAAGGGCUUCCGGCGGAAUUCGGACCUUCACAGUCACCAGAGGGUCCACACCGGGGAGAGGCCCUUCGUGUGCGAGGCGUGUGGGAAGGGCUUUAUUUACAGCUCCGACCUCCUCAUCCAUCAGAGGACCCACACCGGGGAGAAGCCCUACAAGUGUGCCGAGUGCGGCAAAGGCUUCAGUUACAGCUCGGGGCUUCUCAUUCACCAGAGGGUCCACACCGGCGAGAAGCCCUACAAGUGCGAAGCGUGCGGGAAGGGUUUCCGGUGCACGUCAAGUCUCUACAAACACCAGCGGAUCCACACAGGGAAGAAGCCCUACACGUGUGAUGAGUGCGGCAAGGGCUUCAGUUACGGCUCCAAUCUGCGCACCCACCAGAGGCUGCACACGGGAGAGAAACCUUACACGUGUUACGAAUGUGGCAAGGGCUUCAGAUAUGGCUCUGGUCUCCUCAGUCAUAAGAGGGUGCACACCGGGGAGAAACCCUACAGGUGUGACGUGUGUGGGAAGGGCUACAGUCAGAGCUCACAUCUUCAAGGCCACCAGAGGGUCCACACAGGCGAGAAGCCCUACAAAUGUGAGGAGUGUGGGAAGGGCUUUGGCCGAAGUUCCUGCCUUCAUGUCCACCAGAGGGUCCACACUGGCGAGAAGCCCUACAAGUGUGGGGAGUGUGGGAAGGGCUUCAGUUACAGCUCGGGGCUGCGGAAUCAUCAGCGAGCGCAUGUUAGCGAGAAACUGCAGAAGUAGGCACACGCCGAGGUAGAACUCAGAACUUAACACUCAUCUGAGCGCCCACGCAGGAGGAAGACUUUGUGAACUUGAUGUGACCAGUGGAGGCUGACCUGGUCACAGCAGUUGGCCUGCACAGGAAGAGAAGAUCUGGAAGUCUGAUAGAUGGGAAAAGCACUUGAGUCACAAACUUUGCUCUCCAGGAGUCCCUCUCCCAGAGGAGUGUCCUUGAAGUAUGGCGGGGCCUCAGUAAAAAUCGUCACUCUCAUUGGAGUCAGUCCAGCAGGGAGCUUUUUAUGAAUGACAUAUAACAGCAUAUCAGAGGACCAAAUUGUGGACAUGGAUUCCUUCCGGGGUGGGGGGUAGGGAAAUACCUACACAUGGGACAAAUGUAGGCAAAAAUCGUCACCUUACUAAAACCAAUAUUGUGCGUACCUUUUAGAAGAUGAUUUUUACAAAACCGGAAAGAUGAUGUUCACAUUGGUUGGGGCAAGUCACUUUCAGAAGACCAGGAAUAGUUAGAGUCUCCCUCUUGGCAGGUAUAUCUCCAGAUGAUGUAGCUCCAUCCCAUUUUUAUCAAGGUGCGGUGACUGUGUUUUAUCUCCUAGAGAUAAACGCCGCUCUCCUAGACAGGACUAUUUCAUUUUAUCAAGUUUUAAAAACACAAUCCGACUGGCAUUGCAUUGAAUUUAUGGGUUAAUUUAUUGCUAUCAUGAAUAUAUUUCUGCCCCAUUCGUUUGAUUUCCUAGUGGUGUUUUGUUUGUUUUGUUUUACAGAUACACAUUAGAGCACUUAAAAAAAUCAGAAAUACCCCUUUAACUUGUCAGAACAGCUGUGGUAACACAGAGUCACCAAAGCCACCAUCCGUGGGGAUCUGUGGAGACAGGCACUUGUUAAUGUAUUGGUGGGAGUGAAAAUAAGCAGUCUUUUUUUUGGAAAGAAUUUGUCAGUGUAUCAAGUUCAAUUUGUGUAGCCUUUAAAGUGGCAAUAAGUGUAGUCAUUGAUAGUUGGGAGAUAGUUGCACUGUGGAAAAAGAUUAUGCCUACGGCUGUUUCUUAGCAUAGUCUUACUAUAGCAAAAAAAAAAUUAAUACUCCAAGUGUAAUAAAUGAAAGCACAUGUAAAUGAGUGAAAACCACUAAAUAUAGGCAGCGCCUACAAUGGCAUUGAAGGUUGCCCACAAACUAUUUUGUGAGUCCGGAAAGUCGUGGAAUAAUUUUAGUAUGACUCCAUUUUUGUUAGUGCGGUUUUGUGUCUGUAUGUUUAUAUAUAGAGAAAAAUACGUGUGAAAGGUUAGUAUGAUAACUGCGUAUCUCUAACAAGUGGGAUGUGGGGUAUGCAAUACAUUCAUGUACUUUUAUGCAUUUUACUUUUUAACAGAGUUUAUAUCAGUUUUAUAACAAUAGUAAAGCUAUUUUUGUAAAAAAAAUUAAGUCUGGUAGAACAGUGCCUUAUGGUCAAAGAUCCCUGUUAUAACCUCUUUCCUUUAUUUUUUUAUUUUGCUUUUUCUG